UAUAGGGUCUUGACAUAUUCCUUAAAAGGCAACAGCUGGCGAGCUACCAGACGGAGCACGUGAUGGACACGCAUCUAAUAAAGCGUCAGGGAAACGAGUAAACCGACCUUCAGUCUCUACCCUAAGGGCAGAGCGGCAGAGCCACGUCAGCAUCGAUCGUGCAUACAAACGCAGUUUGUGUGUUCCAUUCCUUGAGGAUAAACGUUUUGUUCUUCGCAUCGUACACCGCAUCUACGUGAUUCAAAUUCCCGAGUAAUUUCCUUUUCUUUACAAUUAAAGGAAUUUCUUGCGUCCAUCAGAGAAACACCAAAGAAGUAUAGAAGAUUAUCCCGUUGACCGUUAACAUCCACCCUCAAGAUCAAGUGAAUUUUCCUACAACCAGGAGAUACAAUUCAGCGAAAUCCCUCAACAUGUUUGGAAAAUCCACAUGGACGUUAGACCGUAGCAAGUUGUUGGGGAAAGGAGCAUAUGGCACCGUAUUUGAAGGGCAAUGGCGUGGGAUUCCAGUGGCCGUCAAACGAGUCCCUAACAAUUCAAAAAAGGAACGGGAAGCCCGACAGGAAGAAUCAACUUUGCUGAAACUCAGCAAUCACCUUAAUGUCGCCAAACUAUUUCACAUAGACAGCGAUGAACAUUCCAGGUUUUACGUUCUCGAAUUAUGCCAAGCCUCACUCGAUCGAUUAUUUUUGAAAGAUGACGACCCGCAAAAAUAUCGUGGCCCAAUGCCAACGGAGAUUGAAGUUAUUCAUCAAUUGGCCAUUGGACUCGAGUACAUUCACCAAAAGAAAAUUAUCCAUCGAAAUAUUAAACCCCAUAACAUCCUCAUCUGGGUGAAUCAAUUACAAACUGACCAAGUUUUAAUGAAAUGGUCUGGAUUUGGAUUAAGCAAACAAGUCAACGAAAGGGGAACUUGUUCCAUGAGUGGAAUCAAAGGAACAUUGCAUUGGUUCGCUCCGGAAAUAUUGAAAUUACUUGAAGUGGAAGAGGUCAGUAGAUCAGAAACCCAACAAAGAGGGACAGUCAAAUCGGAUGUUUUUGCGGAAGGGCUCGUCUUCGGAUAUUUCCUGUUGGAAGGUUUUCAUCUCUUUGGCUCCCGAAUGCAGAUUGAGACAAAUAUCAUUGAGAAUAACCCCGUUAAUCUAUUAAGAAUUGAGGAGGAUGAUUUACGCGAACUUAUCGAAAAAAUGUUGACAACGAACCCAAUGAAUCGAAUUAGUUCAUCAGAUGUCGUCCAACAGCUCAUACAAAUCAUGGCGAAGGGCAGGCAAUACCCAUUGGUCAAUUCAAAAGAUAACAAUACCCCAAGUUUGAAACAAAUCAAAGUUGAUUUCAACAAGAUUUUGGGAAGUGGAGGUUAUGGCGAAGUUUUCCAAGGCGAGUGGAAUAACAAUCAAGUGGCUGUCAAACAAAUUCCUUUAUCGAAAGUUAAAAGUAAUCAACGAGAGGAAGAAGCGUUGCAAAUGCUCAAUCAUCCGAAUGUCGUCAAACUUUUCCACGCGGAAAGCGACUCGAAGAAUAGAUAUUACGCCAUCGAAUUGUGCGCUGCUUCCCUGGACAAAUUAUUUUUAACUGAUGAAUCUGCCAAGAAAUAUCGAGGACCAAUGCCCUCGCAAAAAGACGUUCUUCUUCAGUUAGCUACUGGAUUAGAAUACAUUCACGAAAAGAAAGUAAUCCAUCGGGAUAUUACUCCCAAAAACAUCCUCAUUUGGGUGAAUCCGGAAAACAUCAAACAAGUUUUGUUGAAAUGGGCCGAUUUCGGGUUUAGCAAGCAAAUAGUUAAAAGUGAAACCUACACAGUGAGUAAAGUUAGAGGGGCAGAAGGAUGGUUCGCACCGGAAAUAUUGAAAAUACUGAACGACGAAGAGACUAGUCUUUCUGAAGCGAAACAAAGAGGAACCAUUAAAAGCGACGUCUUCAACGAAGGGCUCGUCUUUGGCUAUUAUCUUUUAAAAGGACGUCAUCUCUUUGGGGGACUUCCUGAGUCAAACAUAUACAGAGACAAACCGGUCAACCUAGACAAAAUAGAAUGGCAAAGCGCUCGCGAACUGAUUAAGAAAAUGAUCCAUCCCGACCCAAAGGAAAGAAUUUCUUCAUCGGAUGUCACAAAAGAACUAAGACACAUUGAAUUCGACUACGUUUAAUUUGCCCAACAUGAAUUCCAAGAUUUUUAAAAAUGUUUCAUCUAUUAUCAUCAAUUACAGCCAGAUGAGAAUAAACAGCUAACGGUGCGAAUAAGCAGCAAACAGCAAAUUUCAUUUUCA